CAGAGGCCGGCCGGCCCCGGAGCUGCAGAGCGCUCCCACUCCUCUAGCAGCCGGGUCUGGCUUGGCCUGCCUCCCUCCCACCAUGCUGGCUUUCUGGGCAGCACUCCUGGUCUUCCUCUCUCAUGCAGCCUCAGUGGACGGGGCACCCCACCAGGUCACCCCCAGCCCUGCACAGAAGAAGCCUGGCACCACGGCCAGCCAGGGGACUGCUGUGCCCAGCCCAGCAUCCACCACCUCCUUUGCCUCCAGGAGCAACCAGGCAAGAGUGACAACCGGCCCAAGGCUGACAUCACCUGCUGGCAUCCAGACCACCCUUCCUUUCCCAAGAGAGGGUCUGGAAGAGCCCCUUUCCCAGCGCGAGGCCAAGAAGAAACCCCUCUCCACACCUGAGAAGAAAGCUGUGAAAAACUCUGUCCGCGUCAAAGUCAUCAAGAAAAAAGUCUUGAAGAAGAAAGUAAAGCCUUCUGUCGAAGCAUCGGUGGCAAAAGUGGAGCCACAAUGCCCUCCACUGGGACUCGAAUCUCUAAAAGUGAGGGACUCACAGCUCCGAGCUUCCAGCAUCAAGCGCCACGGCCUGGGGGCCCACCGGGGACGUCUCAACAUACAGUCUGGCAUCAGUGACGGCGACUUCUACGACGGCGGCUGGUGCGCAGGGCAUGAGGACAAGACCCAGUGGCUAGAGAUCGACGCCAGGCGGACGACGCUCUUCACAGGGGUCAUCACGCAAGGACUGAACUCCAUCUGGACUUACGAUUGGGUGACUUCCUAUAAGAUCCAGUUCAGCAACGACACUCAUACCUGGCAGCCAUGCAUGAAUGGAAGCGAGGAAGUGAUAUUCCCUGGAAACAAGGACCCUGAGACGCCGGUCCUCAACCUCUUCCCUGUUCCGGUGGUGGCUCGUUACAUCCGCAUCAAUCCUCAAACGUGGUUUGAGAAUGGGACCAUCUGCCUGAGGAUGGAGGUCCUUGGUUGCACCUUACCAGACCCCAACAACAUCUAUUACUGGGAUGAUGUACCAGCGACCAACGAUAAAUUGGAUUUCAGGCACCACAAUUACAAGGAUAUGAGAAAGCUAAUGAAGGAAGUAAAUGACGCCUGUCCCAACAUCACACGGGUGUACAGCAUCGGGAAGAGCUACCGGGGCUUGAAAAUGUACGUCAUGGAGAUAUCCGAUAACCCCGGGCACCACGAAGUAGGGGAGCCCGAGUUCCGCUACGUGGCCGGGAUGCACGGGAAUGAGGUGCUGGGCCGGGAGCUGCUGCUCAACCUGAUGGAGUACUUGUGCCAAGAGUUCCAAGCAGGCAACCCGCGUGUGGUCCGGCUCGUCACCGAAACCCGCAUCCACUUGCUGCCCUCCAUGAACCCGGAUGGCUACGAGACGGCCUACAAGCUGGGCUCAGAGCUGUCCGGCUGGGCCAUGGGCCGGUGGACUUACGAAGGCUUUGAUCUCAACCACAACUUUGCCGACCUCAACACGGCCCUGUGGGAUGCGGAGGACAACGAACUGGUGCCCCACAAGUUCCCCAACCACUACAUCCCCAUUCCGGAGCCCUAUACCUUCCCCAAUGCAACGGUUGCUCCAGAAACACGGGCCGUCAUCAACUGGAUGCAGCGCUACCCUUUCGUGCUCAGCGCCAACUUGCACGGAGGAGAGCUGGUGGUGACGUAUCCCUUCGACAUGACCCGCACCUACUGGAAAGCGCAAGAGCUGACGCCUACAGCCGACGAUGCCGUUUUCCGCUGGCUUGCAACGGUCUACGCCACCUCCAACCUGGCUAUGCUGGACGAUGACCGGCGGCUGUGCCAUUACGACGACUUCAUGAGAGAGGGCAACAUCAUCAAUGGGGCCAACUGGCACACAGUGGCUGGAAGUAUGAACGACUUCAGCUACCUUCACACCAACUGCUUCGAAAUCACGGUCGAAUUGUCCUGCGACAAAUACCCACAUGAGUCGGAGCUGCCCCGAGAAUGGGAGAACAACAAGGAGUCCUUGGUAGUCUACAUGGAGCAGGUCCGCAGGGGCAUUAAAGGCAUCGUCCGAGAUAAAGACACAGAAGAAGGCAUCGCAGACGCCAUCAUUUCGGUGGACGGCAUCAAUCAUGACAUCAGGACAGCCUUCGACGGGGAUUACUGGCGCCUGCUAAACCCCGGGGAAUAUGACGUCACAGCUGCGGCCGAGGGCUACCACUCUGUCACGCGGAGCUGCCGCGUCUCUUAUGAAGACAAUCCCACCAUCUGUGACUUCCGCCUGACAAAGACGCCCAAGCAACGACUGAGGGAGAUCCUGGCCAAAGGGGGCAAGAUCCCCAAAGACCUCGUCCUGCGCCUCCGCCAGCUGCGGCUACGAAAACUGCGAUCCCAGCGGAGAGCCCAGUGAGGAAGGAACAAUUUGGGCACCUCCAUGUUGUUCCAGGAUAAGGAAGAUUCUGUCAAAUCUCGGCUCUCCCGUCCCAUUUUAGCAGCUUCCUUCCUCCAUCCAAGACUUACAUCUUUGGAGGAGGGGGUAUCCUCAGCCCCCAACACCUGUGUUAUUUCUAAGAGGAGAAAAAUAUAUAUAUGUAAUUUCUGGGUGAGGAAAACUAUAUUGGGUCCUAAUAAACCCACAACACAAUCAAGGGGUGAAGAUCCCUUCAAAGUAAUGCUACCAUCUUAAGCCUCCCCGCGACACUAGAACUAGUGAUCAUGGCUUCUAGCAGGUGUAUAGGCCCCAAUCCAGAAGGCAUGCUUACGAGGUAUUAAUUCUGGAGUCAUGUAAGACUCCCUUUGAGGAGGCAGCAGCAGUAGUAUCUCUGCAGGAACUGCCCAUAUUCUGCAGCCUUCGUGGCUUACUUCCCGACUGAGAAAUUCUGAGCUGGAAGCUUUGGUUGACAUUCCCUGAGAAGUAGUAAGGGUCUCCGCUGACUGUUACGACACUUAUGUGUUAAUCUCAGAAGCAAGCAAACGGUGGCAACUCCCAAGCAUGAAAGUCCUAGAUGGCAGCCAACAAAUCAAAAACGGCAGCAGGUGAGAGUAUAGAACUGGGGCAGGCUGAACCUUCGUAAGGGGCGUUUUAUAGAACAUCUGGUGCGGCGUUCUUGAGCACAGAGGCCUGGGACGGGGGGAGAAGGCCAGUACCCACACCAGCCUGGGGUGCAUGACGGUCCUGUUCUGGCGGGCAGGCCCUGACUGGAACAUGCAGGACACGCCAUCCUGUCCCAUCAGCCCUGUGGGGGUGAACAUCGUGCCUUGACUAAAAGGGCCACAGGGAGGGAACCUGUUUGUAAGAACUGUUCAAAACAAAUGCUGGCAUUGAAGAGCCCUUGCUAGCCAAGUGGCGCUCAUACGGUAUGUUAUCAAAUAAACUUUUUUGCUAUUUAACCUUA